AUGGAAGAAGAAAUAACGCAAACUAAGGUGUCAGUUCCCCUCUUGACUCCAUGCAACAUGGGAAAUUUUAAUCUUUCGCACAGGAUAGUUUUGGCACCUAUGACAAGAACGAGGUCAUACAAUUUUAUUGCACAACCGCAGGGAAUUCUUUACUAUUCUCAGAGAACAACAAAGGGUGGAUUCUUGAUCAGUGAAGCCUCUGGAAUUUCUGAAACAGCUCAAGGAUAUCCACAUACUCCAGGCAUUUGGACAACAGAACAAAUAGAAGCAUGGAAGCCAAUUGUAAAAGCAGUUCAUGAGAAAGGGGGUAUUUUCUUCUGCCAACUUUGGCAUGCUGGCAGAGUUUCAAAUCAUAGUUUUCAGCCUAAUGGUGAUCCUCCAAUUUCUUGUACUGACAAAGCCAUCCGAGUCGAGCACAACAAAGCAAAGUUUUCACCCCCACGUCGAUUAACAGUCGAGGAAACAUCCCAGGUCGUCAGUGAUUUUAGAGUAGCAGCCAAAAAUGCGGUUGAAGCAGGUUUUGACGGGGUAGAGAUUCAUGGAGCAAACGGUUACCUGAUCGACCAAUUCAUGAAAGACCAAGUGAAUGACAGAACAGACGAAUAUGGAGGGAGCAUAGAAAAUCGUUGUCGAUUUCCAUUAGAGAUAGUAAGAGCAGUAGCAGAAGAAAUUGGAGCUCAUAGAGUUGGAAUUAGGCUCUCACCUUAUGCCAAUUACAAAGACAGUGGAGAUUCAAACCCUGAUGCCCUUGGCCUCUAUAUGGCCGAGGCAUUGAACAAAUACAGCAUACUGUACUGUCAUGUCAUUGAACCAAGAAUGAUCACACAAUAUGACAAGCAGGAAACUAAAAGCUCCCUUCUGCCUAUGAGAAAAGCUUUCGCAGGUGCUUUUAUUGUUGCAGGGGGAUACAACAGGGACGACGGAAAUGAAGUGAUAGGCAGCGGUGGUGCUGAUCUCGUUGCAUUCGGGCGCCUGUUCUUGGCUAACCCGGAUUUGCCAAGAAGAUUUGAGCUUAAUUCAGUACUCAAUAAGUAUGAUAGAAGUACGUUCUACACGCACGAUCCUGUCAUUGGCUACACAGACUACCCAUUCCUUGAAGACAAAUCCUAG